AAGAGAAUUUACAUGCUACUGUUUUGUAAUUCAACUAGGAAAUUACUCAUGGACACUAGUGUUAUCAAACGUUACAUCAAGAGAAGUGAGUGAAUAAUUUGACCAAUACUUGGCAUUGUUGUAGUUCAAAACUCAAGUUUCAUAUUAUGGAACGUAAUCACCGGGCGAUUCCUUGCUAGCAUUCGACUGCCAUACAUCUGAAGCAAUUGAAGUUAGUGUUCUGCUGCAUCAGAAAAUUUUGCUGAUCCUUCUGGAUGAGCGUCGUCGCAUCUUAUCACGAAAACCAGGAAAAUUUGCUCAUUUACUGUGAACAUAAAACUGUGUGAUUUUUAUAUUUGCUGAGAGCAUUUUCGAUAUACUUCGAUGUAAUGGUGUAUAGAAUUGAUUUUGCACGCAAAAUGUUACAGAGGACGAGAACGAGUUUUGCUGUCCAAGCGUCCUUUUAGUUUCUUUGCAGAGUUUUCACAGCACUGAACCCGCACCAUGGAAUGCAACUCGCUGGACACCAGUUCCGACGGGUGCAGAGAAGAGGGCAACAGUUGCGAAAGCCGAAAGCGGUUUCGUAAUCACAAGCGGUUUCGCAGCACAUUUAGUCUGUUUGGUCGUUCCAAUCAAUCGAUUCGGUGCGAAAAUAUUCUGCUGAAAGUACUGAACCGACAGCACUGUGGAUACUUCAAUACCGGACUGAACCAACGGUCGAAUCGGGCCGCCUUUCGCCAGGUACCGGAUCAUCUAAGCUUUUGCCUGAAAGACAUCGUUCCGUACUGCUAUCUGCAGGGGCACGUAUUUAUGGGUCUCUCAGCAUGUGGGCAGUUUUUGGUCAGCUAUAAAGUUGCUUACGAUUAUGACGAGGAGAUUACUCACGAAUACAAUUUCUCCUCCAACUAUAAAUACGAAUUGUACUUCUGGAUCUAUCGGCCCCACUUCUUGCUCAGUAAGUACUUCCAGGUGUGUCUAUUCGACGACCAUGGAGUGGACGAUAUCAAAACCGUGUCGAUUACGCAGUGGAACACCGAUCAGCAACUGUUGAUUGUUCAUGGAGCAAGCGAGAAAGAAGACUUCGAUUCGUACAUAACCGUAGUUCGUGUACCUAAGCUGGGUUGUUUGGAAUGCAAAAAGUUGCGUGAUGCCGAUGAAGAAGAAAGUAAUCGGCAAGAUAUUCUCUGCAUCAAAUGUAACAUGACGAUCCACACCAAGUACCGUAACUCAGACUCGGGACCGAAGUUUAAUCCACGGUUUAAUCUGAACUGCCCCGGUUACAUUAUUAUGAGUGAAAACAGUUUUAUUCAUACGGUCAACAUAAACUUGGACAUGCAUCGAUGUCCUCAGAAGAGGCCCUCUGGCGUCAUAAGUAGUAAAUACAUUUCCAAAUCACAUGGAGAUCGACAACGAAAUGAAGAAACUUCCCCAGCAGUGGUUUCGCCUACUUCCGAGAUGGUAAUCGACAUGACCCUUGAACCUGUGAAGCCUUUGACCGGCGGUGGUUGCCCGUCAACGUCACCAGAACCGCAGACUUCGAUAAGCAUCGCCGAUCAAAUCAUUGCCGAUUUUGCUGAAUAUGAGACUGAAACGUUCGAAUCUAAAUGCUCGCAGCCCCUGUCCCCGUUGCAUCGCACCACCAGUAGGUUAUCUUCCAAUGCGUCGCAUUCUUCCACGACUACCCACUAUCCGGAGAAUUUCGAUGAACUCGUCAUCACCUGUGAUCACCGCGGUUCCGGGGUGCACCCUCCUAGAUCCUCCAUAGUCACACGUGGUGCCGCAGCCCGGAUGGAAUCCCUGUCACCCUCGUCCAACGUUCGUCUGGUCAACCAUCGAAACAACACUAAUGUAGAAAUAAGACUAACGUCUCCGGAAAACCGUGGACCGAAGUCAUCCAUCGUUACCCGGGUCGAUCUCCAAGCAGGUCCUUCCUCAUCAGCUGGUACUACCGCUUCCAUGCGGUUCGCCGCUGCCAAAAGCAAUGCUCAACAUUUGUCGAUUCCGGUGGUGAAGCCGGAACCGUGCGAAUCAACUUCUAGUUCCUCGUCGUCGACCGGCCGGACUCCGCUGCGAAGGCGUUCAUAUCUCUCUACCAGAGCGACUGAAUCUAAUGUUCCUAGUAAUAGUAAUCAACCGGACAGUGGCGAAGGUGCUUCCACCGACGUUGCGUCCAGGGCCUACGAAUUUUCCGAAGACAACGAACGUUGCGAAAAGAUCAGCACCUUUCGAAAACGUCGUCUAGCUGAUAAAAAAUAUGAAUUCUCCGAAGACAGUAGCCACGGCGAUAGUGUAAUCGUCCCAUUCAACCGAUUGCGUAGUCAAAUCCGAACUCGUUCGGCCGCUAGUCAAAGUGUACUGUACAGUCCGUCGCAUUUGGUGGGCUACGAAAUGUCAACCCAUCUGCAUAGGGCCUCCCCCAACCAUGGCUUUCGAUCUCCGUGUGGUUCUCCGGUUGGCAAUCGCUACCUGCGAUCUCCACCCGGGAUUCGAUCACCCAACUACUACAGGCACCAUUCUCCGGUCGCCACACCACCGACCGGACCGAACCGACCGCCGUGUGCUGCUCAGCUUCUUAAAAUGUCAAAUUUUGACCCGAAAGACUACAUUCAUACGAGCGGUGGCAGCGGCAGUGAUGAAAUUCCGAAGUUUUUCAUCGAUGCCAUUCAAAAGUUCAACGAGAAAAAACUACAAGCUGAUGGAGGCGGAGGCAACGACGAGAAUGUUAACUCCGACAAUUUACCCAUGCCGGCGAAAACCGAUCCGAACGGGACCGCAUUGGAGCUCAAACCGGAACGGCCGGUUUGUUCGAAAAAGAUCGUCAAGAUUUAUGUCGAAGAGGACGAUGCGAAUUCGGUGUUGACGACGGAAGACGACGACUGCAUCUCGCCGGGCUACCACGCAUCGCUGCCAAUGGAAGUGCACGGGUCCUGUUACUCCAACAUGCAAAUCGUCACACCGGCAUCGUACAGCAAACUCAACUGUCCGGCCGUCGUGGUGACCCAGAACUCAUUCGACAUGGAAACAUUCUCGUUCCACGUGGCCAAUUACAUAUGCACUAAGAACGAUAAGAAAUAUGGCAUUUUAUUCGAUUCGGCCUACGAACUAACACACGUCUGCCCGCUAACGGAAACCAUUACCUGUACCAUGGUGCUGCAGUUCACUGCGAGUGACACGAACAAACUGAAACAGUGUCACAACUGUUCGACUACCAUCGACUGUCACACCCAUCGCAAAAUCUAUCAGUGCCGUUCGUUGUUCACCUGGAAUAUGACCACCGGCGAUUGGACGGUGUUGGACUAUGGCAGUUUGUCGUCGGGUCCCUAUCUCGAGUUGAAAAAGCUGGCAUCCAACUACAGCCGUCUGCUGGUGAAGCUACGGAAAUUUACCCGAAAAUUGUUUGCAUCUUCAUCGAACGAACGGGACACGGUUCGUACGUACGAGUAUCUGAACCAUCUACGGGUGCUAGAUUCAAACAAUGAAAAAACCAAACAAAGGCUGAUUGAUCUGGAGCACAUGAUCGAAUUCUACCGGAAGCAGAUCAACGACCCGGACGAUAGCGAUGACAGUGAUGAGGAUUCCAGCAGUUCGAUCGGUUCCUCCAGGAAUGACGACGACGACGACGAAGCAAACACGGUGGUGGGAGACACGCUCACCUCCGACACGGUUAGUGACGAGGAUGAUAUUUAAUGUAGGAAUAGGUUUAUUCAUCGAAUCGCUUUGAUCGGUAUUCCAUUCAUCUUAGGUAGGAAUUCAUUUUUUUUUAAGAAUUCGUUAAUUGAGCAAUUGAUAUUAAUGUGCAUAGUGUUCGUAUUUCUGUAUGUUUUCCAUCAAAUGCUCGACUUGACGAAGCAAUUAAUGGAUGUUGCGCAACUCGAAGUCCUUCACUAAAGGGGACAGUGAACAAUCCGCCAAAUUGAUAAAUUUGAUUGUAAGAAUAAAGAUUACGUCUUCUCACCGUAAUGGAUUUCAUGACGAAAUGAAACUAAAAAAAA